AUAGUUGUCAAAAAAGUUGUAUCUAUGGCAGUUUCCUUUCGGCGCACGCGGAAGUGAAUACUUGAGAUAUAUCUAUUUCCUUUUCCUAUAUUUUUCAAACUUUUGAUCAAAUAGGUAUUAUUGUGUUUAUAUUUUGAUUACGUUAAUAAUGGAGGUAACAGACCUGAGUGAUAUACUUAAUGUACGAUCAAUCAAAAUGGAGACAAGUGAAAAUGGUUUUGACGAAAGUGUCGUCGAGACUUCGGAUCCUUUGUCAAUUAUUCCUCAGUAUGUUGCAGAAUCUGAUUUAGGCCUAAUGCAGACUGGAGCUGAGAUUCUUCACACACCGCUGGCCGUAUUCUCCGAUGCUGCUGACGAUGACAACACAAUGCAAAGCACAGAUAGUAGUGAGGAAGUAAUAGUCCAGUUAAUGGAUAUCAGGACGAGACUGUCUCGACUACGCGCCAUGUUGGAGAGACGACUGGGCGCUGAUCUUUCCGACUACACAUUCUGGCUGCAAGAUGCUAAAAUGCUGGAGAACCACAAGACCCUUGUGGAGCAGUGCAUCCGCGGCGAGGGCGUGGUGCAAGUCAACGUGCAGCUCCGCCCCGCCGAGAGGAAGAUCAACAUACUUGACGUGUUGAAGCCUGACGAGGAGCUGGUGCAGCUGCCCAGGAGACGGCCCAGUUUAGAGCUGGACGAUUCGAUGCCACUACUGGAGGAGCCGGUGGAGUGUCUUGCGGAGACUGAUGCGGUGCCACCACACGCGGCGGCCGUCAAGUGGGUUGUCGACGCCCAGUUCAAAAGCGACCACAGAGUGCGGAUACCAGACGACCCGGCGGAAUGGUCAGUCCAACACGUCAAGCUGUGGAUCCAGUGGGCGGUCAGGCAGUUCAACCUGACGGGAGUGAAGUUGUCCGAUUGGAAUAUAAGCGGCGCCGAACUGUGCGCCAUGACCAAUGUGGAAUUCAAAGAGAAAGUGCCAUCCGACCCGGGCGAUUUAUUCUGGACACAUUUCGAACUGUUGAGGAAAUGCAAGUUUAUCGCGGUGGUACAGAAUGACGAGCAGCAAACAAAAGAUCCACUAGAGGUGCCGCAAUCGGCGAUAAAGAAAAAACCGAAACAGCAGAUAAUAAACCGAACACCUGCAGAAGAGGACACGUCGUACGUCACGAGGAACGGGAACAACGGGCAAAUCCAGCUGUGGCAGUUCCUGCUGGAGCUCCUCACCAGCGCGGAGUACUUCGACAUCAUACGCUGGCACGGCACGGAGGGUGAAUUCAAGUUGCUGGAGCCAGAGCGUGUUGCCAGACUGUGGGGUGCCAGGAAACACAAGCCAGCCAUGAACUACGAGAAACUGUCGCGAGCUCUCCGCUACUAUUACGACGGCGAUAUGAUUGCUAAAGUGUCCGGGAAACGCUUCGUGUACAAGUUCGUGUGCGACCUGCGGCAGCUGCUCGGCUACGACGCGGCCGAGCUCGCCGACCUCGUUCAGGAGGUGCACGACGCCGCCCUGCCGCACCACACCACAACUGUCACUACUCAUACAUCACAAACUCCAAUUCGGCUGCUAAGAAGAAUGUGAAAAAUACAGAAAAGUAAGAAAAGGUUUAUUUCUUAGUACUGGAUUCAACACAAGCACCUCAUUUUUUGUACAGUAAAUACCUUUGUGUGUUGUGUUGAGUUAUGGGGACUACCCAGUGGGGUUGCGUAAUUGGAAAGAAGGGGGGAGGCCGUUAAAAGGGGCGGCACAAUGUGUAAAAAAAUCUUACUUCUGUCACAUGUAACUAGAGAGGGCCCGCGUGACACGUAUUUUUUGAAAUGAUAACCUAUAUGAAAUUUCCGGGCUCCAUUGGGUAGAAGCUACGUAUGGAAUACAAUAGGCAUGCCAUUUAUAAAUUUUGUGUAUAUAUUGAUGUUUUGCGAUGCGGGUGAUUUUUCAAUGAUCUGAUAAAAAUAAUUGAUAUACCCACAUACAACGGGAACAAAUUAGGUAUUUGACUUAUUUUUAUUUAUAUCUUUUAUAUAAUAUGUACGUCGUAUAAAUUAUAAAACAGAGGUAAUCAUUGAAAUCUGGUGAAAAAUCCACAAGCUAUAAACCAUUGAAAUUAGGCAGUAACGGUGAAUGUCAAAAAAUAGAAAAGGGACGAAAUACUUGCAUAUGACGUCAGCGGGAAUAACGAUGCGUGCGAAAGAAAGAGAUGGAGUGAUAUCCCUAUUCCACGGCCACUCCUGCACGUAGCGAUAUUUGAAAUUUGAAUUACUGCCUCAUUUCUUAUCAAAUUUAAAUGCUUUUUUCACAGUUUUUGUAGUAAUAUCUGUUACACAUUAAAAAACACAAAAUCAAACUUAGUCAAAUACUCUAUUGCGGUUGGAUGUACGACAUAUAUAAUUCUUUGACAGCUUUAUUGGUAGCCGAUUUUUAAAUCAUCAAAUGAAAUAUAACACAUCUAUUUCAGUUGUAUGAAUAAAAUAGGUGAAUUGUGUGAUGUUUGUUCCGUCAGGUCAUAAUUUGUUAGAUAAUUUUUAUUUGACGAUUGAAAGUCACCUCUCAGUGACGGUAUAAUUUUCAUAUAAAUUAUCUGAUGAUGGAAAAAUCAAACCAUAUUUGUAUAAGAAAAAACAAAGUUAUUUGCUUUGUAUGUAAAUAAGGAUACAUAUUUUGUACAAUAAAAGUCUAUAAUUGUUA